AUGAAUUGGUUCAACUCUCUACCCAUAGGGUCGAUUGACACCUUCGCUCGGUUGUCGACCCGGUUCACCAACCAAUUCGCCAUCAACAAACAAUAUGCCAAGACCCCAGCUCAUCUUUUCUCUGUAGUGCAGAGAGAUAACGAAACGCUCCGCAACUACAUCAAACGUUUCGUAGAAGCCGUCCAUGAAGUCCCCAGUGUGGGGCAAGACAUGCUCUCAGGGAUUAUGCAACAGAACUUGAAACCGGGUAGAUUCAAGGAAUCUAUUGCCGGAAGACCACCAGGCAACCUAGAGGAGUUGCUAAAUCGAGCCGAAAAGUACGUCCGGAUAGAGGAAGCCUCUACCCAUGCUCCUCCUAAAAGGAAGAGGGAAGAUGACCGUCAGGACAAUAGGAGACGUGAUGACCGACGCCCACCACUUCCACCUCAAAACCAACCCUCCUCUUCCUACAAUAGGUUCACUCCGCUAAACGCUCGCCUCACUGAAAUACUUCACGUGAUAGAACAGAAAGGUUUAGCAGAGCCCCCACGUCCUAUGCAACCAAAUGCAAAGCGAGAAAAGUCGGAUCGUUACUGUCGAUUCCAUAAAGACAGGGGGCAUACUACAGAGGAAUGUGCACAACUCAAAAUGGCGAUCGAGAGGCUUAUCAAACAGGGCCAUUUAGGCGAAUACAUUGAUAAGCCGCGAAAUAAGCGCCGUGAUGACCCUCCACGCUGA